ACAUGCAGCUCGCAACUAAUCCAUCAAUAUGUGCGCGCUAUCACCAGUACCUUGGCCGAUUUCAACCAUCGGAUUGGAGUCGGAGCAAUAUUCCAUAAACCAAGACCAGUACUGCCAGAGCUAUUAUGUCCACGAAGAACCCCAGACUUUCGAGUCUGCUUAUCAAUUCAUCCCUUCCUAUAGCUAUCAUACACAUGUUGGGCUUGACGAUCGUGUUCAUGUGACAGCACCAACGGCGCCUGUUGUUGGUGGUGGUGGGGACCCAAAAAUGGUUCAAAAGCUUAACCACAAUGCUAGCGAGCGUGAUCGUCGCAAGAAGAUGAAUGGUCUGUACUCGUCUCUACGUUCGCUGCUUCCAGAGGCUGAUCAAAUGAAGAAAUUAAGCAUUCCGACCACAGUUUCACGGAUGCUAAAAUACAUACCGGAGCUGGAACAACAAGUGGUGGGACUGAUUCAAAGGAAGGAAGAGCUUUUAUCAAGGAUUUCUAGGCAAGCAGAUCAAAAUACUCAUCAAGAAAACCAACCAAAAGGAAUUGCUGCUUGGAGCUCUUUGUCUACUGUUUCAGCAAGUCGGGUUAAUGAUAGAGAAGUUGUGAUUCAAAUACCAACAAGUGAAGACCAGAAGACUCCAUUAUCUGCGAUCCUUCUCGCUUUAGAGCAGGAUGGACUUCUACUACUUAAUGCGUCAUCCUUUGAGGCCCUAGGAGGGAGGGCCUUCUAUAACUUACAUCUUCAUGAGGUUGCAAGAAGUACUCAAAGUUUGGAGUGCGAGACUCUUUUAAGUGAGAAACAAGUAUCCCUGUACAACAAGAGAGAAGCUUAGCUUCACUGAAAUCCUUUAAGCAUCAAAGUUCCAAUGCGAUUAGGCGUAUUAGGUGAUCUCUAUAUAUCAAUUUUAACUAGACAAUUGAUGUACAGAAGCAAGUAGAUCAAUGUGCACCUGUCCAUUAACCCUGGAACAAUGUAUAAAAGAAAUUUCCAUGACCUGGU